AUGUCACAACUUUCGGACUCAAAUAUCUUUAAAGAAACCAUUCUUGAAUCUUUCGUGAAAAACGGAUAUAUACCAUUUCUAUCUCCGCCUCAAAGUUUGUUUGAAAAAGCAAAACAAUUAGCUUCUGACAACCCAAAGGCCACAGUUGGUGCAUUAACCAUGGGUGGCCUUGUAUUAGGCCCACAUGUAGCUGUUUGUUUAGUAGGUGCGCUUGGAUUCGGCCCAGGUGGUAUAAAAGCUGGUUCAAUUGCUGCAUGGAUGAUGUCAUUGCAAACUAUUACCACUGCCAGUCUUGUAGCUACUCUGCAAUCAAUUGGCGCUGCUGGAUUAGGUAUGACAGGAACUCUCUUAUCGAGUACUAUGGGUGCAGCGCUUUUGGGUGGUUGGUCUGCAUAUAUCACGAAAAAUCUCAAAAAGCUAGAGCAAUUGGAAAAUUUUGUUAAGAUAUAUGACGAAGGUGGAGAAAAUGACAAAUCUAUUGUGGUUUUCGAAAUACGCGACAAGCUUCUUACAAAUGAUGAAGCCCUUGACGAUUUUUUCAAAAUAUUUGAUUUAACUUUAUCGUUAGUUAAGACAAAACAGUUCAAACUUCUUAUACAUGAAGAAUGCGCUACUGAGGGUCUCAAUAUUUUGAAUAAUCG